AUGGGAAGUACAUAUAAAUAUUAACCUAUCCAGAUUUUUGUUAGGGAGAUAAACACCAUGAUUUGAAUUGCCAAGAAAACAUAACUGUUUAUGAGGCUACCAUUAAUUGUUCCACAAUAACCAUCAUCCAUGGAAACAUCCUUUUGAAUAACCUAAGAGGAAUAUGUAAAUAACUAAAUUUUAUUAUAGUUAAUGCAUAAAUCGAUCCCAAUUCAUUUUCAUUAAUGCAAAUGCCAGAAAUGCAAAGAGAAUUCCGUAAUCUAUUAUAAAUACUUAGUAAAACAUAAAAUACCAAUUAUCUAAAGAUUGCCACCAGGAGCCUGUAAAUUCGAAUUCAUAAUUAAUCUCAAAAUUAAUUAUUAAGAUACUAGCAAGGAACUUAUAGAGGCAUAUGAACAAGGGUAGUUUUUAAUUGAAUCAAAUUAGAUUUGAACUUAUGUUUGAACAUGAAUUAGAAAAUGUUGGAUAUAGAGAAGGAAAGGAUAAAUUCAAAGAUAAAUCUGAAUAAUUACACAAUUCAGAAUGCUUAAUAGAAGCAAUCUUCAAUCAACUUAAUUUAAAUAAAAUGAUAAAGAAUUUCCAAAUUUUCAGCAUUGAUAUGUAGAUCUGCUAAUAAUACAAAAAUGAAUUAAAAAAGCAAUAACACAAAUACUUGUCAAAAAAGAAUUUUCAGAGAUAUUCAACUUAGGAAUAAUUGAAUGAAUCUUAUACUGAAAAAAUCCUUACAACAAAUUCUUAUAAUCAAUUAGAUGCAAUCAAGAAAAACUAAUUAAAGUAAGAACUCAAAAGAUCUUUUCCUAAUACAUAAUAAGAUUUUAUAUGA